AUGAUAGUGGACCCGAUAAACCGCGUGCCGCAGGACUACCUGGACACAAUGUGGUGGAUAGCAUUGGCCAAUUCGUGUACAUUUUCCUACCUCUACGCGGCCACAAACCGCGAGUUCCGGGAGGCGUUCAACAAACUGUUUUACUACUGUUGCUGCAAAUCCCACGUGACGUUCGCCCGCAAAGGGGCGGCGAUGCGACGGGGGUUGGCCGCCGACUCCAUCGGACUGCGCGUCCAUAUAAUACCCGGACUCAAUAUCUACGCUCAACGCAAAGACAACGCCACCUGCACCACAUCCUACCGGACCGGAUGCACAGGUAUGGGCUCCAGUGUGAGCAGUGGUGGCUCGUCAUACCAUCACAGCGGAGGGUUUGGCGGCGGGUUCGGCGGCUUCUCCAGAGCUUUCCAGACAAAGUCCAGUGAUUUAUAA